AUGGGAGGGAUCAGGAAUUCUGGGGUUGACAUCACCAUCCAGCUGAGCAAGGGGCCGGAAGAAAAGUUGUUUACAGGCUGCCAAAGUGAGGCUGGGAAUGAAAUGACAAUGUGGCCAUUUCGGGGCCUGGAGGUGAACCGAGCCCCAUGUGACCUGAGCUUCAUGGAGGCCAUCAAUCAGCGCAUGCAGGUGCCCAACAGGCUGAAGAUGGCGGAUGAGUCCAACCUACUGGAUGAGGAGAGAAAAACUGAGGAGCUUCGCCCUUCCUUCCGGAUGCACAUCCCUGAUAGGCUGUCGCUGGCAGAGAUGAUGGAUGAUAGUCGAAGGCCUCUCCUUUUGGACCAGCUAAGGCAGCACCCCUCUAUUGUGCAUACGCUUCAGGACCCCUCCACCCAGCCCGCAGGAUUUGGGGAGCUCCUGUUUCUGGACACCACAGCCCAAUCAGGCACCCAGAAACGCAAACGAUCGACCCACCAUGGCAGACUGCGGAAGGAGAGAACUCCGAGCGAGACUCCCCAGAUCGCCUUGCGUAGCAUGAGCCGGAAGCCUGACCGGCCAGGCAUAAGCCCACUACCCAGCCCCCCAUUCCCCCAGGAUGCCAGGAUCUACUCUCCACAGAACAUUUUCCAGAUGGUGUACUUCCUGGGUCACCUACUCUUCCACCGUGUUAAGAAGUCUGCCCGAGACCAAGCGCAGCCCAGCUCCCAGGACACAGGGCCAGCCUCAGAAAGCUCCCUGGAGGAGAUCGGCGUGACUGACAUUAUAGCCAUGAGGAAACAGUUGAACAAGAUUUCGGGGAGGCUGCGGACUCUGGAGGAGCAAUGUACUGGCUGGCGUCAGAAGGAGCUUCUGGUCUACUCUAUGUUAGUCUCUGCAUGUCUCAUCAACACCUGGCUUUGGCUAAGGAGAUAAAGAGCCCUACCUAUCCCAGGAGAGACAGCUUGUGUGUGUGAGAUGGGGAAUCCUCACUAGAGCACUUAUGAACAGUAAACUCAGUGUGCUUCUUAAAGUGACUGGCCCUCUUCUUCUAGUGUAGAUUCCCUGCAGAUCUGAGACCUUUGGCCCCCGUUGAAGUGAAGAUGAACAGACGGUGAUGUACCUGCAAUGCUGGAGGAAAUGGGGUGGGGGGAGGAGUGAGAACUGCAGGGCUGGGUUCUCUUGCCUCUGCAGCCAGUGACUAUGAGGAGAUGUUUGGGAGGGGUGAAGAAGGCUUGCUUAUAAACAAUGAAUUUUGGUCUGUGUCCUGCAGCCAUGUUGCUUUGGGCUGUGGCUCUAUCAGAUUGCUACUGCUCUAUAAAUAUUAACUAUGGUGUUGUAAGCUGGGUUGGGUCAGUACCUGGAUGGGAAGCCUCCAGAGAUAUCCCAGGUAUUGCGAGUAGUAGCCUUGGUCGUUCAGUAGGUGGUCCUCUAUUUCCUUGUGAUCUGAACUGGCACCCCAGCCCGCUGUUAGGGGAUGCUAGGCUGCUAUUGGUGCCAUCUUUCAGAGGAGAGACAAAACUGACAUUCCGGGCACCUGUGGCCAUCAGAAAUUCACUGCAUUUUGGACAUAGUCAGCCCUGGUCUUCUGGCUAAAUUCCAGCCAGAUAACUAAACUUUGACUCCUUAAGAUUCCCCUGCAGUUUUAUUUAGGCCCUUCUACAUCUCCUGCCCUAAAUUUGUGUUGGAUGGCUGUGCACUUUUAAAUGGUUACUAUGUCUCAUCUCUGGGGAAGGCUGCAUUAUUUGUGGUGGGUGAAGCAAUCCAUAUUUAUUUAGCUUGUAAGACAUAGUGGUAUCCUUGAGGCUGCCAGGGGAUCUGUAAGACCAUUGUCAGUGUUUAGGUGCCUGGACGAUGACUUUGGUAUUUGGGUGUAAAGGGGGGAUAAAUGGGAUCUCCUGCUCAGCACAGAUCAGCUGGAUAAUAGAAUGGUUUAUCAACUCUUGUAGCACCAUGCAUUCCAGGUGCUGGGCUGGGAUAGAAAAGAAUUGUUCAGGCUCUGUGCUGUGGUAACUGAUGUGGAGCUGUUGUCAGUAAGACAUACUGAGCAACGGAAGUGGCCCUAAGAUGCUGACCAGGACAAUUCUUGGCUCAUUAUUGGCUAAAAAACUGUCAUGUGGUGAGUCUGGAAACUGCAGCCAUCUACCUUCUUGGAUCUCAGCAAUCUUCUCUUCUGGAACAAUGGUAACCAUUCGGCUCACGUAUGCAAAUCACUUGCUUAGCUCACUUGUAACCAACCAUGUUUUUUUGCAGAGGCAUCUAACUUCACCCCUCAUUUCGAAUGGUGGCUGUAUGCAGCGAUAUUUAUAUAGCGCCAGCAUGAUAAGCACUUUACAGACCUGUAGGAAGACAAGAACCUGCCCCAGAGGGCUUGCAGUCGAAACAGACAAGGUACAAAUCCAAGAAAUGGGAUGGAUGGUAUGUAGCAGGAAACAAUUGAACUGAAUGGUGCAUUUUAGUGUGUGCACUUAUAUCGUAUACUCUCACAGCAAUUCAUGGUUGUAGUGGGGGACACUUCCAGUUAGAGGGGGGUGUGUGUGUGUGUGUGUGUGUGUGUGUGUAAUCAUUACAUACACCUACAUUUUGGGCCAGAAUUUUAGCCAAGUUGUAAGCAGGCCUCUCUUAUUCCAUCUAUAAAUAAACAUGGAUGCAGUUUAGGUCAUUUAGAUAUGUAAGUACCUGAUUUACUGGCACAAGUAUGUAGAGGUUUAAAUGACUUACAUAGCCAGGGCACCUAAAUAAUCGACCCAUAAAUAAUUGUGGGUGCAGACUGUGCCUCAGGACUGACCUGAGAACAUCAAGAUUUAUUACAGCAGAAGCUGAGAUCUGCUAAUUGUUCAGCUGUCUCAUCACAAAAUGAUGGUGAGUGCCUGGGGUGGGAUGGCUGUCUGCCUACAGGUGCUUCCUGCAUCUCAAGGUUAAGGGACAUGGGUGAGGGAGUAUAGCAGGGAUCUUCUAGUGCUUUUGUCUGGGUUAUUCUAGGGUGAUUAGAUUUUUAGUCUGCAGGGCUGUCACUCCAGUUUCUCUCAUUUCUUUUUGGGUGGGGCCCCCAAAGGGGACCACCCAUUCCAACAGGGAUCAGAUGGGCCUGCUCUUCUCACUGUAUCACUCCAGUUGCAUGUAAUGUCAAGAAAGAAUCUGCUACUAUUUUGCUGGAAGUGUGUGUACUCUUGUGGUGGUCCCCACCCCUGAGAAGAGGAGAUGUUUGCGGUGGGAAGCCGUGCUUCCCAAUCCAGGCUAGAGACUGAUCCUGUGGGGCGUCCAGUGCCCUCCCACUCUUUGAAAUCAUUUGGAGCAGGGGUCACUCAGCAACUUGCAGGAUCAGGCUCGUUAUGUCUACUCAGAGGGCAAUUGGUGAGCAGCUACCAGGGGUGAAAUAUGGAUUUAUUUUGUAUAAGGCAAAUGUCCUGCUGAUCGUAUGUGUGUAUAAAUCUGGAAAUAUCAAUCAAUAAAAUGCAUUUUUAAACAAA